AGAGAGAGAAUCCUACCUCAUUCCUUAUUCUUCUGGGUCACAUCUGAACUUAAAGUUUAUCCUGAUCGACUGAGGAUUUGACUAGAAGGGUGGCUGACCUUGCUAUGCAACUGAACACAUGUUGCUUUGGUUCUUUGUGGAGGAGCAGGAAUCUCAGGACCUUGUGCUUGCCAAGCAGUGGCUUGUGCCACUGAGCUACAUCCACGGCCUUCAUUGAAAUUUUAUGAACACUUCUUCAAUUCUCCAUUUAGUAAGAGGUGGUCAUACACUGUACAAGUCUGGGCUGAGAGGAACUCUGUCAAAAAGAAAUGUACUAUGACCUUCACAAGACAUGAAGGCACAAGCAACGCUGUUUUUCCUCUUCAUUCUCAUACGGUCUCUCUGUGGAUAUCAAGACGCAACCUUUUCAAUUUUCUACAAUCACCUUAGUAGUAGGCAUGAAGAAAUUGUCAUUGGAAGAUAUAAUGAAGAUAUAAUUCUCCCUUGUUCAUUUGAGAAUGAGCCUGGUGUUGUAAUUCACUGGAAGAAUCAAGAGAACCACAACGUUCACAGUUACUACAAAGAUGAUGACCAGUUGGAAAAACAAGACCCCAGAUUUGCAGACAGGACAUCUCUCUUCCGUAGCGAGAUUCCAAAUGGGAAUGCCUCUCUAUGUUUCAAAAGAUUAAAUCUUCUGGAUGAAGGAAUUUAUACCUGCUACGUGGGAACAACCGUUAGUCAGACCACACAGAAAGUGGUGCUGAAGGUUGGAGCCUUCCUGAAUCCUGUGAUGCAGUAUGAAAACAGAAGUACAAGCAGCCUCCUGACGUGCAGUGUGCUCAGCGUUUAUCCUCGGCCACACAUCACAUGGAAAAUGGAUUCUGCCUCCAUCUCUGGAAGCAAAACAGAAGAAACGGGGUAUCUGGGCCCUUUUUAUGUUAACAGUACCCUGGAUAUCACAGGAUCCAACUCAUCUUAUGAGUGCGCAAUUGAAAAUCCACUGCUGAAGCAAACGUGGACAGGACAGUGGACACAGGAAGGUGGCCUUUGUAAAAGGCAAAGUGAAUACCUUUCACUCUCAUGUCAAGGAAUAAGAAACUUUUCCCUACCGAAUGAAGACUUCACAGUCACUUGGUCCAGAUUGAAAAGUGGGACUUCUUCCAUUUUGGGUUGCUAUCUGAGCUCUUCACAAACUUCAAAAAUCAGUGAACCCCGAUUCUCUUGGAACAAAGAGCUGACAAACCAGAGUGACUUCUCUAUGACUUUGACAGAUCUUAGUCUUUCAGACAGUGGAGAGUAUUUGUGCAAUAUUUCUUCAAGAGAAUAUACUCUGCUCACAGUCCAUACACUGCACAUAGAACCAAGUCAAGAAAGUAUUUCCUGGAUAAUUCCGCUGGCUUUGGUUGCUUGUGUGGUGUUUCUGAUCUUGAUUGUGACAUGUUGUACUAAAUGGAGAAGCUACAUCUCAGAGAACUGUUGUAAUAGCGUGUCUUCUAAACGCAAGAGUAGCAAUGAUAAUCUAGAAGUAAACGUGCCUCUUCAAGAAACCAGCCAGGACAGGAAAUGAAGGCAACUGUGAGGAGCAUCCGUAAUACACAAUGAUGUCAUCUCGCCCUUCACUGCAGUCCCAGGCAAUGGCUUGUCAGGCCUGACAGUUUUACCUCUGCAAAGACUGAAUUACUCUCUUUUCCAGUGUGAUGGUUUGAACAUGUCCUCAAUAAUUUAUGUAAUACAAACUUAAUUGUCAACACAACAGUGUUGGAAGCUGGGCCUAAUAAGAGGUAAUUAGGUCAUGAGGGCCCUACCCUGAGUUUGGGAGUGGGAUAGUUAUUGCAAUGAUAGGUUAAAAAAUGAGUUUGACCCCUUUCAUCCUUGCCUUUUCUUGGCUUUCUGCAUAGGAUACAGCAAAAAGAUUCACAACAGAGGCCAGCACCUUGAUUUUGGAUUAGCCCAACUUCCAGUACUGUAAGAAAUAAAGCUCUGUUCUUCAUAAAUUACCUAAUGGCAGGUUUACAAGACAUCCAAUAUUAUACUCACUCAUCACAGUAUAUGCACUAGUACUGAGCCUCCUACCUGCAUUAGAUGAUAAGUAUGUAGGUACAAACUGUUUCAGUUUACCUUAGAAUAUAAUUCUUAAUUAUUUACCCUGCUGCAGUAAGCCCAGGAGAAUGCAGUAAGUUUCCACCUAGAACUCAGCAGCAAUAUACUACCAGGAGCUGAUCCACAACCUGGUUAACUUAUGAGAUGAGAAAUGAAAACACUAGGAACAGGUACAUCUUAGUGAAAAUAUGAAAAUCCAGGCUUGAAAGCAGGACAACUGAUUUGAGGGGAUGCAGUCUAGGUUUAUAUAAGUGGUUGCAUGAGCAUAACCCUCAGAAUUUAGUAUGGUAAGACACAGGGAUACUAUGAAGUAAACAUCUUGGAAGAAUAUUUAGGGAAAAUUGAUGUAUGUGGAGUCAGCAUGUUGUGAUUAAGUGACCCUGGCCAUGAAGAUAAUUUCAUGAACUUUCCCAGGUGGUAUAUUGUUAAUCAGUCUUCUCAAAGAUGUCAAUUCCACAUAAAUUUAAUACAUGGAGAGAAUGGAGUGCCUGGCUCACUUUAUAAUCUUUCCUUUGCUAUUAAUCAUCAAAUUAUAGGGAAAUGUCUAAUGUUAAUUUUUUGUGAAUUUGUCAAUGUAACCAGACUUUUAGCCAAAGUAUUGGCCCUAAAGUUUAUUGAAAAAAGUCCCUCAAGUAAGAUAUGACUGCCACCUGGUCCAAUAUUAGCUCCCCUCUAUUUUAUAGUCUCAUACUUUCUGCAUAAUUUUGUUAACUCAAGUGUUUGCUAAAAUGUUGUGACAGAUAUUUGUAAAUAGUAAAGAAUUAAGGCCUUCAACCUAAAGGAAAUCUACAUUAAGAUAAUGUUUAAGUGCCUGACAUAUUUGCCUCUAGCAAUUUUGGUACCUUUUAAAUUGUGCCCAAUAAAAAUAAAUUUACUAAUAAAUUAAUACUUGAUAAUAUAUCAAAACAGAAUUUAUGUUCCCAAGCUGAAGUUUGGGGUAUUCUGACUUCAUGAAGCAUCUGCAGUAUGAAGAAGUGAUAGCAUUUUGAUUUCAGAUUUGGCAAUGUAAAAUAGAAAUUUUCUAAGCUAGAUAUUAAGAUAAAGAUAUUUUCUAGCUGUAAAUAUUGGGUUAUUUAAGAGUGAUUUCAAAUUUAAUUUGAGGGAAGCUUCUAGUAUUCCAGAAAAAAAUCUUGGAAAAGUACCCAUUAACAUCCAUGUAUGGAGGAACCAGUUCAUCUCAGAGAGAGGAAGGGUGCUGAGCUGUGUAUACUGUACAUGUCCACCACAAAUUAAGCACAUGUAAACUUUGAUUGUAAUUAUUGAAAGUAAACAUUGCACAAAUAUCACAAAAACAGAAAAGUUACAUGUUAAAUGUUGCACAUUUUCUCAUUGUGUUGAGAGUGUUGGUAGGGAGAGCAUUGCUUUAAAUACAUAAUUGGACUAGGUAUUUGUCCCGUCGCCUUCCACACCAAAUCUCAGAACUCUCAUUUGGCUCCCUGUACUUGGAGUGGCCUGAUAUUCAGGAGGAUCAGCCCUGUUCUUUCUGAUCCACCCUGGCCAUUUCUGUUUUCUUGCUCUCAGACUGGCUUUACUACAGGCACAUGUUCAAUGGGAUAGGAGGAAAGGUAUUUCCAAGGGCUACUGGGAGGGUGUUUCAGCAUUUCAGAAGCGACACAGGGUACCACGUGUGCAGAAUACUCAGAACCACACUCAUCUUCUUACACAGUACGAGCGAAAGACUGAAAGAUCAAAGCCAACAUGUGGAGGAUUUAAGCAAGAAAGAACUUGGAGUCUUUGAUACUUCUGAGUCCCUCAGUUAAUCUCAGAGCUGCCUGUAUGAGGCAAGGUUGAUCAGAGAGGCAGGACCAUUGAGAAUGACAGAGAAUAGGAUUUAUUAUAAGACUUCAGCCUGAUACAAUUGUGGGUUCUGGACCUGAUGUGGCCAUGGGUCAACUGCACCAGUGUCAGGAAGAAGAACUGAUGCAGAGUGAGGACACUGAGAAUGGGAGAGUCUAUUAGGACAAACUGGAACCUGUUUCUGUUACCCUGUGGUGCUAAUGGCUGUCUUGUAGGACAUGCAGCUGCUGUGGCCCUGCACACACACCUGACUAGCACUCUGCAAAGCUAGAGGAGACGACAGAAGAGCUACGGGUCUAGGGGUCUGGCUUUCUACACAGCUGUUACUGAUCUGCAGUAGCUCACCAUUUCUGGCCUGGUGUAAUAUUCUUGAGCUAUCGCAGUACUUGAGGCCAUAUAUUGACCUUACAAAUAUGAAAUUGAUAUCUGCUUGUUCAUAUUUUCCUAUUAUAUCUGGUGCAAAAUGUCUUGUAACCAACUUCAACUCAAAACUACAUAGAAACAAAUUCUGCAACACAUCCCUCCUGCUUGACUCAAACACUUACAAAGCCUACACAUCAUGGUCAUCAAAGGUUUAGAUGUGUGAAACCUCACCUUGGUAGUUCAAGUCCAUACCAGCCUACCUGUGUGCUAACUACGAAGAUUUUACCUGUAAAUUCAAAGUGCCUAGCUGUGGCCAAAUCUAUAUCAUGGUGCUAAAAGAAAAUCUUAUAAAUGCCUACUAUUCAUGGCUAAAAAUGUAGAUGUCUUUUAUGGCUAAACUCUCAAGUUGGAUGUACGAAAAGAACCAAGCAAAAUUAGCUGACUUCAGUGAUAAUCAUUUACCAACAUUCCUUGGACAUCUUGGAGCAUAAUUAGUCUAAGGCUAUCUGCUAUGAGUGUUUUGUAAUAAGGAGCAACAGGGGUGAGAGAACAAAGUUCCAUUUUUUUUUAACAUGAGAAUUUAAAAGAUUCUUGCAUUUAUUUAAUCUUUCAUGUGAAAUGUUAAAAAGUAGUUUACUUGCAUUUGAGGAUCAAAAAAACUCUUAUUAACCUGGAAACCAAUGAUAGUCCCUUCAAUUUUUACAUUUUUCUAAUCACCUUGUUUAAACUGCUUUUCAAAGCAUAUGAAAAUGCUUUCUAAAAUGCUUCUUUCAUUAGAAGCUUGAGAUUUUGGCCAUAAAAGACAGCUUCCUUUUCCUUCUCUAGUUAUUGCCUAUUCAUCAUGAACUGGAAACACAGAAUGCCGGUGUGUUCUGUGAAAUUCUGGUGACUUUCGCCAGUGGAGUACACAUCUAGACUCAUGCCAAGACCUUUCCGUAGGUAAGCAGACCUUAGCCAACUCUUCAUUAGCUUCAAAGGGAGGAAGGGAAUUCAGGUGAUUAUCUGCAUUACAGAAAACAAGAACUAGAAUUCACUCAUAACCUGGUCAUCACUCUUGGUUUUCUCCCCCGCCCACUCCCCGUGGCUACAGAAAAGAUUCUGCAGGCACAUCGCCAGUUUGUUGAACAGUCCAGCCACAUGACACCCUCAGAAAACCUUCCUCUUGUGCCUAUGACAGUUGAAGGAUUUUCAGGUUUUUCUUCUGUGAAUGCCUCCCAGGAGUAAUUUCUGCUUCACUCAUUUUAUUGUUUGGAAGUAACUGUGACAAAGUCAAAUACACGACAUCUGUUUUGGGGACUUUUCAACCUCCUGCAGCUGAAUGCAACUGGGGCACAUGGGAAGCAUCUACCUGCCAAAGUCCAUUAUGUGGCUUGCACAGAAGACCUGGGAUUCAGUGCUAUUAUACCACGCAAAUACAGGCCAGCAUCCAAACCACUUAACCUUAGCCCUUCACUUAGGACAUAUCCCCAAAAUGGCUGUUUGAGGAUCAGUAAGAACCUUCACAGCUGACACUGCCUCAUUCUGUUCAUAUUUAGACCUAAGUAUAUUCAUUAUAAUCAACUUUUAGUCUUAUAAGAAAUAUAUUUAGUCUCCCUUAAGAGUAGUAUUUAUCAUUGACAACCCUAUCAACUUACCUUCUAGGACUACUAGCAAUUCAUUUAUCAUAAAUUAGAAAAAGAGCUCAGCAUGCACCAAACUUUAAAAAUGAAGGAACAGCAGCCACCUGUGUUAAGUGCUUUACAGGCAUUCUGUAGUGGGGAGCUAAAAUCACAUUAUCCAUUCUCUUUUAAUUCACUUCUAAGGCCAGACCUCAUUUAAAAACGUUCCUGAGAAAAUCUCAGUGAGAAGCAAAGGCUCUCCUGCCUCUGCCAAACAUUUAGUUCAGAGUUUUUUAUUGCUUGCUUUGCCAUUUUGCCUAUAAAAUUAGGGCCCUGGCCUCUACCGCUGGUUAAGAAUAGACAUGCAGUGAACCACAGAGACACAGAAAAAAUUUGUCUCUUAUGUUGUGGAGCAGUAAGAAAUAAAAAGCAGUGGCCUAGAAA